AAGCCGGAGACGGCCAGAAAUAUGCUGCGGUCUCGAGCGUCCGUCGGUCGUUGUGCGUUGUCUGUUCCAUUUUCGCUCUCGUGCCGAACGGUUCGGCUUGGUGUGUGUCUCCGGUCCACUGUUUUGUUCCCCGUUUACUCCGUCACCUCAAACUCCGGUGUCUCAGUGGCCUGUGAACUCUUGCCCACCGCCGCACGCACUCCUCAGUCCACCCCGGGUGAAAGAUGUCGACCGGCAUAGCAGGAUGGAUAACAUGCCGGCAAGUGCUGAACAUUAUGGUGAUCUUCGGCUUCAUGCUGAACUAUGCGCUGCGCGUAAACUUUACGAUCGCGAUCGUGGCGAUGACGAAAACGCUCGUCAGCACGGUGACCGGUGACGAUAACAGCACGACCGACGCCCUCAACCUGACCGACACCACGACCGAAGCGUCCGUGAUCGAUGAGGCGGACAAGUUCGAGUGGGACGCCCGCCAGCAGAACCUGAUGCUUGGCAGCUUCUUCUGGGGCUACGUGCUGACGGAGCUGCCCGGUGGUCGGCUGGCGGAAAUCGUCGGUGGACGGCGCGUGUUCGGCUACAGCAUGCUGUUUUCCAGCCUGCUGACCCUGCUGACGCCGCUCGCCUCCAACACGCACUACAUUGCGGUGGUGAUUCUACGUGCCGUGCUCGGGUUCUUCCUGGGCGCCUCCUGGCCGGCCAUUCAUCCGCUGACGGCGGUGUGGAUUCCACCGAUGGACCGGUCCAAGUUCAUCGCCAACAUGAUGGCUUCGUCGCUCGGUGCCGCCAUUACGAUGCCGAUCUGUGGGUUCCUGAUUGCGACGGUCGGGUGGCAGAGCGUGUUCUACUUCACCGGCGGGCUCGGGCUGCUGUGGUCGGUCGUGUGGUUCCUGGUGGUGUUUGAAACGCCCGCCUCCCAUCCGCGCAUCACGCCCGAGGAGCGUACGGAGAUCGAAACUGCCAUCAAUGCGGCCGGCAAGAAGAAGAAGCCCUCGUACGUGCCGUGGAAGUCGAUCCUAACCUCGCCGCCGGUGUGGGCCAUCAUCCUGACGCACGGUGCGUCCGUGUUUGGGUUCUUCACCGUGGUCAACCAGCUGCCCACCUACAUGAAGUACAUUCUGCAUUUCAACAUUAAGGAGAACGGGUUGCUCUCGUCUUUGCCUUACUUUGGCAAGUACGCCAUGGCUGUGAUUUCAUCGCAUUUAGCUGAUUAUUUGAGAAAAUCGGGUAAACUGUCGACGACUGCGACGAGAAAGAUUUUCACCGCCUUCGCUGUGAUGACUCCCGGCUUCUUGAUGAUCAUUCAAGUGUACAUGGGAGAGAACCGCUCCUGGGCGGUCGGUAUCUUCACGCUGUCCCUCUUCCUUAAUGGUGCCGUCACGGCCGGCUAUCUCGGCAACGGGCUGGACAUUGCGCCCAACUUCUCCGGCACCAUCUUCGGUAUGGCCAACACGCUCUCCUCAUUCGGUGGCUUCGUGUCGGCGUACAUGGUUGGUGUGCUUACCAACGACAAUCAAACCUACGGCCAAUGGCAGAUUGUGUUCUGGAUCCUGGCCGUGGUGUACAUUACGGGUUCCUCUGCGUACGUGCUGAUGGGUACGGGUGAGCUGCAAGCCUGGAACAAUCCGCCGGAGAAGGGCGACGGCAACGUUGAAACGGAGGAAGGCGUGCCGCUGCGCAAUCAGGCCGCCGCGGUCAAGUAAACAGCGACACGGCGCACAACCGUGGCCGCCGUGUGUUUGUGUGUGUGUGUGGGUGUGUCCGUUUUCUCUUACAUACGUCGGCAGCAAACGGUGGGGAUGGUGGCGGCGGUGCUGGUGCUAUAUUUGGCCGAUUAGAGAGAGGUCAAACGAAGCGGCAGCAAAAGCAGUAAGAUUCUCUAUUUUAAAAGAGGCCAAACAGUUAGCCGCUGCUCUUAACUCCCCCCACCAAAAAUGACAGAGGAUUUUUUUUGUGAAAAAAAACCCGAAUGUCGUACGUUUACGCGUGUGCGUGUUCCGUAGUAAAAGAAGACACAUUAAAGAAGGAAGAGCGAUAGAGGGAUACAGAGAGGAGAUUUGUCGUAGCAUUUAAUAACUUAUUGUUUUAAAAGCAAGCCCCCCCCCGCAUCUAUCGAAUCACCCGGAAAUGCUGUGCCUCGCGUGCCGAGAGCGUGCAAAUGCUGUUUUUUUUAGUAUUUUGUAGCCAAUUACAGCGUUAAUAGGUGUGUAGAGCAAUGAGUAGGAAUAGAUCAGCGGAGAUAGUGGUUUUUAAUCCAGAUUUUUUUCUGUUUUUGGUAAUAGAAGCAAAUUGGGGGGAAACAUCAUCAUGUACGACACACACUCAGAAGAAAAAAAAAACCACGAUCACACAGGAAAAGUAGGAGUAGGACCUCUUUUAGAGGGUACAAGACAGAGGAACGGAAGCGAUGUAUCUGAUUGAUUCAGGGGGUUUGACUUAAUUUUUAAAAUGUACAAAAAGCGUAAUUGUGUGUGUGUGUGUGUGCUUAUGUGAAGAAGGGCGUGAUUCAGUGUGGCGUUUGUGCGUCACUAACGGUCGUCAUGAGAGGAGUGAACGAUUUUCAUGUUUUAAUGAAAAUGGUGCAAUCGUAACGAAUGCGAGUAUAUGAACAUGACCGGAAAGAGCUGCUUGCUGUGUUGGGCCUGUGGAAGCGGAACCGAUCCAGCGGGGGCCUCUCCUCAAGACUUCUUUCCAUCUCAGUACGAACGGGGGGGACGUCCACCGAAUGUCACACUGUGAGUAGCUUCACAUACACAAAAACCAAUCCAUCACACAUGUGCUUUCCCAACGAACGGUGGGGCAACUGUUAACAGGAAUAGAUUUCUAUAAAUGUGCCUUUUUUACUAAGAACUCUUUGAUAUCGCGUGUGGGGAGCGAAGGAAUCUUGUUAAAGCUACUUAGCGUACAGGUUUAGAUGCGUGCGUGUGUAUAUGUGCGUAAACGUGUGUGUAUGUUUAGGUCGAAUCAUGAUGCUAAUCAAUCUACUUAAACUUUACAGAGACACGACGGUACUUGAUAUUUUAUUUACAAUGUGUUUUUCCCCAUUUUUUCUCUCUCUUUCUUUCUCGUGUACCAAUAAUAUACAUACACACUAAGCGCGUGUACUGAACUCAUUUUAAACAGAUAGAAAAACUGAACAAUAAAGUAACUGUGAACGUGGAAGUCUUUUCAUGUUGAAGUC